GCUUAGUCAGUGUGGGACUUUCACGAUGGCGUGAACUAUCUUAAUAUGAGCUGUUGAUGAUAUUUUUGUGCGAAUUUUAACGGAAUUGAGUCCAAUAUAAUCCCUGUGGAAAGAUGUCGGGCGUGAGAGCUCGAAGCAGUGUUUUACUUGGUUUCGACGGAGUUGCUCACUCUAAUUCUCAGCCUGAGCCUGUCUCGAAUACGUUCUACAAGAAGCCGUGGUAUAAAUCUCGUUUGCUCAGUGUGCUAUGUGUUGCCUGGCUCAUUUUCACACUUUGCCUUGCUAUCAUGAUGAUCGUGUCCCUGGUACAGCCUCAAUGGAUCGGUCGAAAUCUUUCCGGAGCGAAGGCAAGCUUUGGAUUGUAUAGAACUUGUUCGUGGACGCGUACCGGAGACUGUGAAGGCAGUAUGUUAGAGUUCGAUGAUAUUCCUUCUUCAGCUUGGAGAGCAGCGUCCAUUUUGGUUUUGUUUGCCGUCAUUGCUUGUUUUGUGGCUGUCGUCGUAUGGGCUGCAUUCUGGUUGUGCUUUGUGGAACGUGCCUAUGUUGGAUUUCGUAUUUGCAGUGUGCUUGUAUUGGUCGCAGGUAAGAACAACUAAUUCCGAUCAUUGAUUUGCUCAUGAGUUGUAUAGUCUGAUAUCAGCAAGAAUAUAUACGUAUAAACAUGGAAUAGGUUACAACUAUAAUCUAUAUUACUCAGUUUACUAGCAAUGCAGUAAUUGAAUAUGGAAUGACGUGAUGUACGCUGCCAUGCUUACACUGCAUGCAUGUAUAAUCCUUAGUCAAGACAUAUAGCCCAAAUACUUGUCUUGUUUGUAAAACUCUUGGUGUUUGCUUAAAAAAUAUGUCACCUAACAUAGCGAAUUUCAUCAAUUAAGUAUUACUCCGUUAUUCAUGUAGGUUAUAGUUAUAGCUUUACUUAAAACCCUGGCAAUACCGCUGUGGUACUGCAGGUGUAAAAUAUAGUGAUAAUCUAUGAUGGCCUUUUAGACAUGCAAAACACAUCGAAGUGUUGUCGGUAUUUUGUGUUUACUUUAGUGUAAGAUAUGGUAGAAGCACUGUAAAAUGGCUCGAUAUGUCAACGUACUUUGCUACUUUUCACAAGUAUUUUGUCUCUGCUAUAUAAUCAAUAUAACAAUAUUAUAGAAUAAUAUGGUUUUAUUCAUUCAAGUGCGGUUCUAUAUAAAUAUUCGUGUUGUGCUCGCUUGAAAUGUGCGCUCAUUAAUUAAUUUUUGCCACCUGUAAUAUUUUAUUUAACUAUUCGCUGAGCUUCGUCGCAUCUAGCUAUAAUACAUAUAGUUCUCUUAAAAAAAUAGUCGUUUUAACUAAAAUGGGACAAUAUUCUUGACUAGAAAAUUAUUAUCGCAACUUGCUUGCAUGCAUGUACAUCUUCAGAAAGAUUAUAACUGUGUCUGCAUGUGCAUGGCGUUAUGGCUGUAUACACGAACGGUAGAUAUAAUGUGCCCACUUUUCAUGGAAGAACUUAUAUCAACCUAACUUUCGAGUAUUUUAAUAUAUUUCUAAGCGCAAAAUAUAUAAUACUCUCGUAUUUCCUAGAAUUCAUAAAUCUUUAACUUGUCUCAAUUCUUCUUUGAAAGUACAUUUUUGGCGUUGCCAUAAUUGCAGCCAUUGCACAGCAACUGAAAAGUUUCACGCUGCAUGUUCAAUUUUUUUUUAUGGAAAGCUAGAACACAUCGAUAUACAUAUAGUAUCUUUAUCUAUAGACAUUAGUCAAAAGCCAUUGAACUGAAAGGGCUUGAUGAAAACUUUGCAUAUUUAACUUUCAUUUGCACAUUGGAUAUUGGGAUUUGCCUAUUUUUGUUACGGGACUGAGUAUAAUGCAUGAAAGACGCAAGAAUGGGAAUGAGAAAACCUUCACCAUUAUAAAGACGGUAAUUUGUUGUUGGACAUUUCAGAGUUUAAAUAAUUUCAAGGAAAGCUUUACGGAGCAACUUUGAUUGAGAGUUUGUCUGAAAAUGUCGUCGGGAAGACUGCAUUCUGUCCUUCUCCGGCUCGAGGUCAUUUUUUGCUAUUGUGAAGAAAGCAUUCGGAUAAUUAUUUUCCCAUAGUUUGUAAUUAGAUUAUGUUAAGUAAUGUUUACACUACACUCGUCAUAUUCAUCAGAUAGGCCAUUUUUCACGUCAAGUUUGGAUUAGUAGAAUUUUCUUUCGUUUUGCGAAAGACAAAAGUCGUUCAGGAGUUAAUUUAUUCUGUUUAGCGAUACAGGAUUACAGGAACGAGUAUAUUCCGUGCACGAUGAGUUUGAAUGGACUUUCCUUGUAAUUCGUAAUUUAAAACGUGCGCGAUAAUUAUGUACAUAACAUGAUAAGCAAAUACGCCGUGCAAUUUAAGGUGUUUCAGUCUCUUGAAAUUGGCCUGUUUGACAAAAAUAACAGGACACUUCUACAAAAUCGUGUUACGUUAUUUUAUUGCUUUACUUGCGAAUUUUAGGGUUGAUGUAUAGCGUCCCCAUGCCGGCAUCUCAGUGGCAUACUUAUACCCCUGGAAGCGGGAAUGCAAACGCAACUGUCUAAAGCCCAGGUCACACUACACAACGAUAACGAUACGAUAACUUGUAUACGCGCGCUGAUUGGUCAAAAAUUUAUCGUUAUCGUUCGACUGAAAAAAAAAAUCGCUCAGGUGAGCGAUUUUAAAAUCGUUAUCGUUAUCGUCAAACGAUAAUUUUAUCAUUUUUGUUGUAGUGUGGACACUAACACAAUUUUUUUGCCAAUUAUCGCGUAUUUACAAUUUAUCGUAUCGUUAUCGUUGUGUAGUGUGACCGGGCCUUAAACCAGAGAUAAGAAAACAUUUUUUCAAGUAGUUAAAAUUGAGCACUACCGACACUAUAUCGAACCCCACAUAUGAGACAUUUUCAUAGUCAUUCAACUCACUAUAGCACUUGGUGGAGAAAUAGUUCACUAUCAAAACACUGACCAAAAAUUCGGAAUCAUAUUUUAACCGAUCUAUGAUCCCCAACAGCCAUGCUGAUUCCUACUUUCUGAAGAAGAAAUCUAAUUGAUGAUCUAAACACUAUUUUCUUUCAUCUUAAAACCGUAUGUUUUCUAUAAAUGGAAGUAUGAUAAACUACAUCAAAAUCAUGAUUCAACUGUGUUACGAAAUAAAGGCCGGGCUGUUUGUGUAAGAGUCAGUAAGACAGGUUAGCCCGGCUAACCAAGCAAACUAAUCUCUUCCAUAUCUUCACUCAUAUUCACCAAGUUUACUAAUAUUCUUCUAACUUUGGUCGUUUUGGUUGUUAAUUUCAUCUCUAUUAUUACUUGUGACAAACAUGUAGUUAAUUUCCCAUGCUUAAUUAUUUCCAUUCGUCUCGUGCUGUGUUAUUGGUGGCUGAAUAAUGAUAGUAUUAUUUUAUUUCUAUAGUAAUGGUAAAGUGGGUGUAUACCCUACCUGCGGGAAGUCCUAGGAAUAGGUAUUUCUAGCAAAAUCGGUUAUACAUAUACGUAAUGACUGUUGUAUAGGCCUGCACAGUCGAGCCCAUGACGGCGCACUUCUCCUUCCAUCGUUCAGUAACCAAAAUGUUGUUAGGGUACACACCAUGCGAAACAUUUAUGGUCACAAACACCAGUACUUCCUUCGUAAUAAAUACAAUUCACUGGAAUGUGAAUGGUGAAAUCCGGCCACAGUAUGGGAAUUGCAAUUAGCAUGGAAAUUGGUUUUCCAUUGUGGAGAGGAAAUUGAAAUUUAUGAAUUUCGUAUUUGUAUUUUGUAUUUUAAUACAUAUAUAUGAGUCGUGUUUUAGGGAGAGUUACUAUUCUUUUACUUUUAGGAUUAGGAUUAGAGUAAGGGUUAAGUUCAAAAUACAAAAGAAUACAAAAUUACAAAAGUCUAAAAAUAGUAACUCCCCCUAAAACGUGACAGGUUUAAUUUAAUCGAUCAGCUCAAAGUAGACGAUGUUAAUAUUGAAUGGAUCAAAACUGUCACUGCAGAGUAUGGACAUCUUCUUGUAUCGGUAUAAAUCCUGGGGGGGGGGGGGGGAAUACUGUAAAAGUUAACAAAACGAAGUAGCUACUGCCAUUUGCAUGCAGUAGCCGAAUGUGAAUUACACUUUGUCACUUUCUCCUGUAUAUCUUACAGUUUAUGGUUAAUUUUCUUUACUAUUGAGUUACCACGAUGAACGCUUUCAAAUAUUAUGAUCUAUGACUGUUGCAGUACGUAUUUAUGUUAGGCUCACACGAACACGACUCCAUGCACUUUAGUCGGUUCUUUCUUGACGUGCGAGGAACCGAAAUAAGUAGACAUGGUUGCCAACUCUCACGGAUCCACCGUGAUCGUCACGGAUUCUACUAAAACCUCACGGUGAGUUCACAGCUUGUUGAUAUAUCACGGAUUUCGAAAAUGACACAACUGGUUCUUAAAUAUGUUGGCUUUGUUGCACAUUUUAACUAUUAAGAGUGACUUCAUUUGCGUCAAAUUACAUAAAACUUUUUUCCUUCUGAAAAGAUUCACGCUAUAUUAAACCAAAAAUAGACAAUCGAAACAUCGCUACAUGCAAACUCAUGGGUAUUCAACAAUAUGGUUUUGUUUAAUAUAAAUAAAAGCUACCAAAACUUGUGUGUAUAAGGUGUAGAAGACUCUGAAAAUGCCAUUUCCAACGAUCUAGAUACUCCGCCCCACAAAACAAAAUCUCACUCGGGUGUUUUUUGCCAAAGUUGGCAACUAUAUAUGGGUACACCUGUAAAUAGCCAUAUAAAUUAAAUCUUAUCAUUCAGCAUUUUAGGAUUUUAUACGAACUAUCAUAAACCAAAUUUAUUGUUAUGUUUGAAUUAUUGUAAAAUUUGUAAUGUGUAUGUAAUAUUGUUUAUCUGGGACAAAAUUUCUGUUUUAUCUCAUUGCAAAUAGUACUUUUAUUUAUGAGUAAUAUAUAAAAUCUAUACUUAGUGUCGUGGCAUUUUUGACUACGCCCUUUUGUCGGGCAAAAUGAGUCCAUCCCCCCCCCCCAAUCUUGAGACCAAGAGACCAUGAGCAGUCGAUCUUUAUCUGAUAUACGAACUUGGAUGCGAAUGUUUUAACGCACUUAAAAAACGACCCAUCUUAUGAGUUCAUUGGCGAAGUAAUUUUUAAAAUAAACAUUGUCUAAGCCGAGAAAAUUAAAGCUGAAGUUUAUGUAAAUCAUUCAUUUCCUUCGAAUUUUCUUCAUGAAUUAUUAAUGAGUAUUUUAAAUACAAAUGAUACAAAACACUACUCGAGCAAAGUUUGAAGUGAUUUAAUCGUCAAUAGUUCCCAUAACAUUUAUUUCAAAAUAGGCAAUAAUAUUGAAUGGAUCAAAGCUGACGCAGACAGAGUGUGGGAAGUAUGGGCCUCAUUGGUAUAGUUUCAAGAUGGUGUCCUUUGUUUUGAUAAAGAUCACUUUGCACGGUCUUACCGCCUACCGGUAAUUUUUACAAAAGGACUAUAUAGCACAGGAAAGACAAGCCAUGCACUCACCCUCGUAAAAUAACUGCACAAUUGUCAUGUAUACAGAACCUAUACUGUGAUAUUGGUUCAUCUGCAGUUCGGAAAUGACUCUAGUCUCUAGCUAAAAAUCGUUAUUUUAUAUUUCAGGGAUAUUUUUUCUUCUCGCGUGUUUCAUAUAUCCCAGUGGAUUCGACGCAGCAGAAAUCCGUGCAAUUUGCAGUGACAAUGCUGACUCGUACAAACUUGGCGACUGCAAAAUGAUGUGGGUGUAUUGGCUAGCCAUCAUAUGCACCAUUGAUGCUUUCAUUUUGUCUUGCUUUGCCUGGUUGAUCGUUGUAAGGGACGAUAGAAUAUUGCAACCAAAGAGAAAACCUGUGGCGAUGCAAAAUGGAACACAGCUAAUGGAACUGAAAGCUGAUACCCUUGGAAGAAGCUCUACAUCAAUCUAAUACGAUUCAUUUUGUAUAUAUACCGAUAAUUUAUAUAUAUAUUCGUGUGUUAUAAAUGUCGUUUCGGUACGGGCAGAACAUGUGGCUUUGCAGAAGGAAUUUUAUAUAUCCCUUCUUGUUAAAGCACCUUUUAAAACGCUACAUUUUGCUCUGUUACCUUGAAUAAUAAGAACUACACACGUAAAAGUCUCACAACUUGUCAACAAGAUGUGUUCGCAACAGGCUUGUAGCAAGCUUGCCAACAAGUUGUAACAAUACUGUUAUUUUAUCAAGUUGCUAUAAGGUUGUCACUCACAACUUGUUGACAAAUUAUUGAAUUGCCGGACAAUGGCGAGUUGUUGGAACAACUUGUAACAAGUCUGUUGAGCUCAACAACCUUGUUGCAAGUUGUCAACAAGCCAUUGACAACUUGUCAACAAGCUGGGAACAAGCAUUGCGAACACAUCCUGUUGACAAGCUGUUGGAACAGCAUUGCUACAAGUCUGCUGCAGGUUUGAUACAACUUGUGCGUUUUUACGUGUGUAGUAAAGAGACCUAUCUGGUUGCGCGUGGCGUAUGCGUGUUCAGAGAACAAAUAUAUAGCAUGCACAAAUGCUCAUGCAUGUCACUAUUGAACAUAUUUGCAGAUCGAAUAGGUUGCAUGAUUAUAGAUGACGGCCAAUCGACAUAUAGAUGGGACCACUGAUCGAUGCAUGAACUAUAGUACUGGAUAGAGUAUCCCUUUGAAUUCAAUGAGCCAAUUUUGAACCAGAGUAAUAUAUAUAUAUAUAUGUCUGAUGGGGAGAUUUUUAAACCUGUUCAAUUAUUUACAUAUCGAAUUGUUUGGAGUCUAAUUAAAUAAGUUUAACUAACAAUAUAGAUCAUAGCUUUGCAUACCUCUUCUGAUGAGCAUUUUAAACCCUACUUAAUGAGACUUGAUGCGGCCACGUUGGUGCAACCUUAUUAGUUAUUCAAGCAGCGAAUUUGAGACAAAAAAGAAGCCAGUGAUGACCAAUUUAUAUGUAUAGGCAAUAGGCGUCCUAUCCCAACAGUUAUCAGAAAUUGUUAGAACCCAAAGGUCGCGGGUUCGAUUCUCACCGUGGUCAGGCAAAUUUUUCAGCUUGCCUGGUGUGGAUGCACACUCAGAGUAACACCACAAACAUCAUAUUCACCUGAGUACAUAACACCAACACACACAAGAAAGUCUCUUCUAACAUGUCAGCAACACUAUACAGUACAUUUGAGUGGUCACACCAAAGUGAUCGCCAUAUUGGCUUUGUUUAUGCGUGGUGGAUGCACUAUCCAGGACUCUAGUUUUCAGGUCAGUGGAUGGAACAUAACGUUAUACACGGAUAGCCUUUAUUCUUUCAGCUCAACUUGUUUCCAUAUUUAAAAUUAAUCCUACUCCCAAUUAAUCCUACCUUUAUCAUAAUCUCCGACCAUAAUCCUAAGCCAUAAUUCACGUUAUUUUGAGGAAGGUUUGAAAAUUCUUUGCAACUCUGUCUUUGAAAACGGACACACAAAACAAACUGUAUAAGCAUCGCCUUAAGACUGAAUGAAAUUAUAAAGGCUAGGUGUGUAUAGUGGAAUUCUGCAAAAGAUCAAAAUGCGUCGAAAAUUACGAAAUAAGUAUAAAUUAUUUUAUAAUAUAUGGUAAAGUUGAAACUUGCUCUGCUGCAACGACUAUUCCCUAACAUCAUUUUGAAAUUUAUGUAGGUUUACCCUGUGUCCGUUGUAGUCAUUCGUUUCAUGUAUUUAUAAUAAAUCAAUUUCUAAUGCGCUUUGAUAUGCCAGCAACUCUGGUACAAAUGUACAAUAGAAUUAACAUUUUUCAGCCUAAAACAUGAUGCAUGCCAUGUAGUCUAGCCAGGGGAAAUAAAUUAACAAAAUAGCUUUUUGUCCCUUUAAUAUGACUUUUGAUAUUUAUACUCCCCUUUUAAGUUUUUGCCCGUUCUCCCCCCCCCGUGGCCAAUGUUGAUUGAGCUGAGAAGAUCUCCCCGUUCGUAACUGGCCUAAUUCCAC